AUGACGGGAGAUAUAAGAUGGAUCUCUCCCUUCCACCCCCGCAUGACCAGUCUACAAGUCACAAAGACUAUCUAUUAUACAAACUCCUCCCAAAAAAACUACUCAAGUCCCUCAAACAGAGGAAAGAAGAAAAUGCCUACCCAAACCCGCCAAACCGACCUCACCAACCCCAUCCAAGACGAGGUCGACAAGCUCACCUCCACCACCUCCUCCUCUUCUGAUAGCUCCUCCUCUGCCGCUGACGCCGCCGCCAGCGGCACCGAACACCCCAGCAAGGUCACCGGCCAGUACCACUCCAUGAAAGGCAGCGUGGUCGAGACGAUUGGGAACACGGCCGGGUGGGAAGAAUGGAAGGAGUCUGGGAGACGCGAGCACGAGCAGGGACAGCGGGAGUUGGAGGAUGCGGAGCAGUUAUUUCCUAUUGAGUAGUUUUUCGCAUCUUAUUGCGCAAAUA